CCUCAUCCAAGUACUUUGUACCCAUCUCGGCGCAAAAUCCGACACAGAUACAUGCCAGUUGCUUUCCCUAUUUUUCUCCCGCCCUCUCCUUUGUCUUUCUUUCCGACUCUUUCUUGGUUCUGUUUCUCCUCCUCCUUCUCCCUCCUUAUCUGUAGUGCUUUCUGCCAUUGGGGAUGAAAAAGAAGCUUCGUCUGGACCAACCGCGUCUCUCCAAGUCUUCUUCUCUAGCCCGUCUUGGCUUAUCUGUCUUGAACCUGCUCCAGGUACCACUAACUCGCACCAACAUUCCUUACAACCUACCCCUUCUUUCAUAUUUUACCAUACAUCACGUAUUUCUCUUGUUAUUGUAUAAUUUCUAGCCCACCUCUAUCCCUUCUUCUGUCAUCUACCCUACCCUCUCUCCUCCUUGGGGCCUACACGCCACACGCCCUUAGACCGAGCGGCGCGCGCUACAGCCCAUACUAACCAACGUUGCUCGCUCGCCCGCCUCGUCAGCCUGUCGCAGACUUACCCGGGUGCUCCUUCAAUACAUGACGCAUGCUAGGGUCCCCCCUUCUUGGUCCUUUAACUACUACCCCGAUCCUCGGUCCCCUCGUGGGCUUCUCUCCUUUGUUCGCCUCAUCAACCCUCAUGUUUUGAUUGACCAAUUCGAGACCGCUCCGUCUUUCCAUCACAACGUCGGUGCUGCUGUCAGGAAAGCCGUCGCCACCGCUCCGCUCCGAUCUCCCCGACGGGCCCAAGACGACAAGCCGCAUUGCUGGCCAUAUGCACCAUGAUUCAGGUUCCAGCAUAGAUCACCACCUGGCCUAGACAUCUGGCGUCCGAUCAAGAAUCCCGGUUUGGAACUGGCAAACCGCUGGCCAUUGGAUAUUGCUUCCAAACAGGCCCGCCGCGGCACGGCACCGUACAUCAAUCGGCGUCAUUUUUGGGACCUCACCCAAUCAGUCAGCAUUGUCUCUGUCCCUACGGCUCAUUUCCCACAAACGUCCUCCGCCCCAUGGCUUACACUGGUCGACUUGCAUAAACAUCGCUCUUCGCCCCCCGAUCUCCUUCACUCUCGCUCUCGUCUUGAGCCCCGCGAGCAAUAAACGUCUCGGUUCAGAACUGCCAUGGGCCUAUUCAACAAGUCGGCGAACCCAACCCCCGCCACAGGCGCCACGCCUCGAUCCCUGACGGGUCAGUCCAUUCGAGGCAAGAUAUCAGGCCCGAUUCCCAUUCCCAGCCCCUCCGACGACGAGUUUCCCAUGCGCAAUCCUGGCACCGGCAUUGCCACGCCUUUAGCUGGCGGGGACAUGAAGAAUCAGCAGUUGCACCUUCCGCAGGCCGAACCCAGGGCCGGGUCGAUUGUCUCAGUCGCCCACCCCGAAAUGUCACAGCCGCCGAGGACAGACUCGGUGGUCGCUCCCACGGGAUCGGCCGGUUCUGACUCUAUGUCGCCGCCUACGUCUGGCGUCCACGCCCACUCGCCACAGUCGCAAAGGAGAACAAACGGCUCCAGCCACUUGCGCUACUCGGCCGUGAGCGCUUCGUCGGCACAAACCGGCGGGAGCCGUGACCGGCCACAGCGUAAGAAGUCGACUUUGCGCGGUGCACUAGGCAAACUCUUCGGUCGCAAGAAGAAGACAAGCAGUCAAGGUUCGGCCGAUUCGCAGCGCAUGUCAACCUACAACCCCUCGAACCAACACAAGAGCGAUAUAUCCGCGUUAAGCCGAGUCAGCGAGGCCGAACCAAAGCGAUCGGCAUCUUUGCCGAUCACCGAGUACGACAGAGCAUUAAGGUCUCACUCUAUUGGGCCUCAGGACAUCACUGCUAUCGAGAGCGCCCGUAACUCUAUCAACGUCGAUCUAUCUGUGCUAGGCCACAGGAGGGCCGCGACCGUCACUACAAGCCAGAUAUACUCGGCGCCGUUUAGGAGCCGUGAAGGCGAAUUGGCGGGUCUUUCACCUCGUCCCGCAAGCACUCAUGUACGCGGGAGUCGGCUUUUUACCGACGAUGACGAUCCAGAGGAAAUCGGGCGGGCAAUCACCAGUGAUGUCAGCCAAAAGCGGCGAUCCCGGAGCCUCAGUGGCAUCCAGAACCCCGAAGUUCGCGCUGGUCUCCGACGCAGAAGUGACGAGAUACGCUACUGGAGGGAAAGCUAUGCCCCGGCUGUUGCAUCCCCGGUCUCGUCCAAUCCCCCUGAUCAUGAGCACCAAUUCACGCGCGCGGUCUCUAUGGAUGUGCCGGAUACGCCAGUGGAGCAGGGGCAACAGGUGCAUACGCCGCCUCAGCCAUUCUCCUUUGGCAACCUGGCUCACAUGAAUGUCAUGGCUGGCAUGAAGAUCACGCAGGCAGCCAGUAUAGAGACACGGAUAGAGACCCUAGAGGAGAGGAUGCACCGCGUGGAAGAUGUCGUAACACAGCUCUGCAACUCGGUUCCUGGAUUCCAGAUGCAUAUCAACCACCAACAGCGGCCCGCGCCUUCUGUCCCUGGGCCCGAGCUAUCUACUCAAACAACGAACUCGGUGCUCAACCCGGCGCUCCGGCAGUUAUCACGCCAGGAUGCGCCCCCCGCGUCUCGGUAUAGCAGCUCUGCGCACUCGAGAGAUUCUCACACCUCGUUUGGCGAGACCCCCACAUACGUAGGCUCUCUGCAACUCCCUGCAUCAAUGAACAGACCGACCUCGAAUUCCACCAUCCGAGGCGUAAUCAGCUUGCCUGCCAUAUCGCACGUUGAGACAAGCAGCAGAACGACAGAAACCGUCACGGCAGAUCAUUACACGAUGCUUCUUGCACUUGUAGAGACGGAAAGAGCCUCUAGACAAGCUCUUGAGUCUCAGGUGAAGAAGCUAACCAGACGCUUGAACAUGAUUUCUGGACCCGGCGGCCAUGGUCGCAUUUCUCUGCAAAUGGAACCGCCGCCAACGGCCAAGUCUUUUGGAAGCGUGUCAGCCUUUGACCAGGAUUUGUCGGACGAUGACGAAGCCUCGUCCAGAAACCGACGAAUCUUGGCCGAAGACUCGGGCGUCGGGACUGGUCCUGGAGACGAUGAUUCAUACUCGGAGGUCUUUGCGACGCCGAGAGAAGAGCAGUCGCACGGUUACGGUGCGUUUGGAGAGGAAUUGCGCGACGAGGACGAAGAUCCCCAGCGUAAAAAGGCGGCCAGGACUUUGUCUUUGAGCCAGAUGACGUUGAGCAAGAAACCCUCUAGGACAGUCGUGCAGAUUUAAUAUGGGGUUGCUGCGCUAUGGGGUGUCUGUUUUCUUUCCCCUUUUUUUUAGACAUAUUUUUUCUUUUUUGAGGUUUGUCAUAUACCCCCGGGAGAUGUUUUCCCACUCACGAUGCGACGACGAUGGUUUUGUUCUCGGUCGUUGAGUUGCAGACUCCCCCAUCUUUGCGACUCGGCAACAAUACCUCCUCUGAUCUUCGAUGGGCUCGGCAUUGUUAUGGUAGCGAAAUCUUUACGCAUUAAUUACCUUUGGUUUUUUUACCCGUUCGCAUGAGUAACUAUCUUUGUUUGUAAAGAUGCAACUGGGACAGUUCCGAUGGCACACUUCCAGUCGUCACCUCUCUUUUCUGUUUUGUCGUUUGCUGUCUCAGUGAGACGAAGGCUUCUUCCGCAUGGUCACAGCCAAACAGGGCCGGAUGAUGUGAUACCUGUGUCUAUUCAGACCGGCUCGAGGGCGUCUAAUACGAUCUCUCAUCCACAUCCAUCCACUGGCCCGUGGAAGUGGAGAGAGGAGCAUAAUACGUAUUCAGGUCGGCCCGGCCUGAAUAUCUACAGGUCGCAUGCGUCGGUGUGUACAAUAUCAAAGAAUUAUACUUUCGGCUCGACUUCGAGGACAUAAACCAAAACGGCCGACGAUCCCGAAACUGGCAAUAAACGCCCAUGGCUACAACUAUUUUAGUUUGGGCGAUAAACAAACUACGGGUCAGGUGACAUGGGACCCGGUCGCAAUCUCGGAUUUCUCAUCUCGGGGGAACAUGAACCAGAACGUUUCGAGAAUACUUCAGGACCCCGCUGAGGCGCCCCAUGAGCGUCCUGGGAACGUGCGAUGGCCCUCUGGGAAUUGCAUAGCCUACUUUGGGCCGGGGGAGGGGGGUUGCUAGGCUAGAGAGGAUACCCAUCCGUGUACAUCAAUGGUUUGAACUGCUGAUAUACCAGCAUAACAUAGUCUCGCCUAAAUCCU